AAGUUGAUCUCUGUGUCAUGGGUUUCCACACCCUACCCACCUCAUAUCCUUUUCAAAUGAAUUGCUUUAGGACCCCAAAAUAAAAAAGUGAUUGAAGGAACGCCCAUUCUGGUCCUAUCUUUCUGCUUCUUCCUUCCUUCCUUUCUUUCUUUUAUAUGCAUAAUGAACUGGCAGCAUCUUUGAUUAAAAUAUAAAGCUUAUCAUUUGCACACCCGUCUCUCCUGUUAGCAUCUUUAUUUAUAUUGUGAACCUGCCCAUUUAUCUUCCCCUGUUUCUCUCAAGCCCAAGCUCUCUGUCUCUCUCUCACCUCUCUAUCUCUAUUGAUUGCUUGCUCGCUCUGGUAUGAUGGGGAGGCAGCCUUGUUGUGAAAAAGUUGGCCUGAAGAGAGGGCCGUGGACGGCCGAGGAAGAUAAGAAGCUUAUCAACUUCAUCCUCGGUAAUGGCCAGCAUUGCUGGCGGCUUGUUCCGAAGCUUGCUGGAUUGUCAAGAUGUGGAAAGAGUUGCAGGCUGAGAUGGACCAACUAUCUUAGGCCAGACCUCAAGAGAGGUGCAUUCUCAGAGGCCGAAGAAAAUCAGAUUAUUGAAUUGCAUGCUCGCCUCGGCAACAGGUGGUCGAAGAUUGCGUCUCACUUCCCGGGGAGAACAGAUAAUGAGAUAAAGAACCACUGGAACACGCGAAUCAAGAAAAGACUCAAACUUUUAGGCCUGGACCCUGUAACUCACAGGCCAAUCCAAGGGGAGGGCGGAGAAAAGCAGAAUGUUCAAAUAAAUGAUGUGAAAGCGACACUUAGUGAAUCAGACAACGUUGGAGGUAGUGACUGCAGCCAGGAUCAAGAAUCUGUGCUCGAAUUGGAUGAUACUGCUGCUUUUUGGCAAAGGUACAGCAUGUUAUGGGAGAACCCUGAUGUAAGCGAAAGUACCAAGUCAUCUACAUCAGCAGCAACAACAACAACUUCAUUUCCAAUGGCAGCAGCAGAAACAGCAACAACAGCAGCAUCGGCCCCUGAAUCCUUUCACAGUUUCCUGUCUGAGGAUUCGUUUUUAAAUGAGCUGAGGCCACUAUGGGAUGAAUCCGCGGAUUAUUUCCCGGCAUGGGAAGAUGGGGUUCAAUCCCUUGAUGGGUUCUUGUAAUUGGGAGUUACGACCAAGGCUCUUGGUUCACUUUGUUAUAAAAGUACAGCACUGUGAGAACAAUUGUUACUAGAAAUUCAUCACUUGUUGAAUAAUUGUUAUCAAUUUUUCACCUCUCUGUCUUUGUUUCCCUCUCUCUCUAAAGAGAUGUGAAUAAAUAAAAACAAGGAAUCUUUUAGACUUUC